AUGCUCGUCCGCCGCAUCCUCCCCUCCCUCCGGCCGGCGCUGCGACCCAAACCUCGACAUGCCGCACGCCACCAAAGCUCAAAGCAAACCCCCUCGGCCAACCCAGCCAAGCCCGCGAACGCGCCAGCGACCACCGCCGCUCCCUCGACCGCGCAAAAGUCCCGUCUCGACCGCAUCCUCGACCGCCUCCCACAGCGCCUCCAAGUCCACACGGCGGCCCUCCGCGCGGCCCCCGUCUCCCACACCAUCGCCUUCCUCGCGCUGCACGAAAUCACGGCCAUUGUCCCCCUGCUUGCCUUCUUUGCGCUGUUCCACUACACGGCUCUCGCACCGCUCGAGUACCUUACCUCUCGCUCCGCGGCCUGGGUGCGUGACGGCGCUGAGAAGGCGGAGCGCUAUUUCAGCCGCAAGGGCUGGUUCGGGUUCGAGGCCGCGGAUCGCGGGGCCGUAGCGGGUGCGUUCGCCAGGUCUGGCGACGCCGAGGCGGGGGACAUGAGGGGACAGCUGGAACAGUGGCAGAGGGAUGACGAGAGGUACAAGGUUGUCGUGGAGGUUGCGCUCGCUUGGGCUGUGACCAAGGCGCUGCUGCCCGCGAGGAUUAUCUUGAGUGCCUGGGGAACACCGGGAACGGUAGCUCUGUGGAAGAAAAUCAUCCGUAGGGGGCGGUAG